AUGUCAAAUUCAUCGAGAUCUAGCUCGCUUUCCGAGUCUUCGAUCGAGACAAACGCAUCGAUUUCUUCAUCGGAAUUCAUGACGGCAAAUUCGGACGAAUCUAAUUCGAAAAUUUUGCCAUUUGCCGAUAAUAUUCAACCGCUUGCUUCGCCCGAUGAAAUUGCUGAGUACGAAGCUGCAGUCGCAGAAGAACGGCGGGUUGAAGACAUGCUGCAAGAUCGUUUUGAUGCCCGUGUUGAUGUUACUUCAUGUGUUCAAAGUAAUAUUUUGCUUGAUGUUGUGCCCACUGCCUCAGCAGAAGAAAUAGAGCCAGCAUUAUCCAAUGCAGGAGGAGAUGUGGAUGCUGCUGCACAGCAACUGUUGAGAUCACCACAAAUUAAAGACAAAGAUAUUGCUACACAUGCACUCCCAAUUGUUCCAGAAGAUAUUGCCGAUCUUGAAUUACGUGAAAUGAUAACUGAGCUGGAAAAUUGUCAUACCCCAUCACCUGAGAUGUUAAACAAGCUUUGCCCUUAUCUUUUUGAGUCUGGAGUUGACAUGGACAUAUUAUCAGGAAACACACAGCUUGCCAUUCAAGACCUGAUGUUUUAUCAAGUCAUUGAUAAGAGGCGCAGAGAACUUGACGACAUUGCUAAAGGUAUGGAGGAUGCUGGUUUGCAUUCUUUCAUUGGUCACUUACCCACCAACAUGUUAGAAAUUUUCACGAAGCCUUUUUCACGAAGUAUUUAUAUUUCCUGGCAAAAUAUGAAGAAGGUCAACCAUCAUUAACAGACUUAUGUUGCUUUUGUUGUGGAACAAAUACCUUACCUGCAAG